AUGGUUGAUAAAGCAUUUAACACCGUCGCACAAAUUAAAAGGAUGAGGUUUUCCAGCAACUCCCACGCGAAAAAAACAACCGAUCAACCAAACUGGUCUGAGCUCCCAGCCGAUCUCCUAGAGCUUAUCUUGAAAAGCCUUACCGCUGUCGACAUUAUUCGCUUUAAAGCUGUUUGUACUUCAUGGAUGUACGCCACAAAAUACUAUCCGCUGCCUCAACCUCCGUGGCUCAUGCUACCUAGUAAUCAACAAAACGAUGUCAACUCUCGCCGCUUCUUUGAUGUUGCAGACAAAGCUCGUACAAUUUACACAAUGACGAACCUUUUUCGAGGCUUCUCCGAUUCGUGGUGUAUAGGUUCAUCACAUGGAUGGCUGGUGAUUGUGGACAAAAAAACAGCUGUGCAUCUUUUCAAUCCACUUUCAGGAGGAAGAAGCAUUGAACUUCCGGAGAUCGGAACCAUUGCUGGAAUUCCUAGGUCUUUCAACAUUGACGUUCAUAUCUUGCACAGAUUAUGCAGAAUUCAUACUUGUAAGGCUGUUCUUUCUUCCAACCCAUCUCGCAACAAAAACUUUAUGGCUGCCAUAAUCUACAAUAAACGAAACUCAACACUUGCGUACUAUAAAAAGGGCUACAGGACGUGGAUCGAGUUAUAUAAUGAUCAUAGAGAGUCCUAUAGUGAUGUUAUAUUCCACAAUGAUGACCAACUCUUUGCCCUUGUCCGGGACGGAUCGUCCAUUGAUCUGUGGAACUUGAAAGAAAAUCCUGUUGUCAUAACAACCAUUAGGCUUCAACCCUGUGCGAUAUCAAUGGUGAGAGGAGAACGUCGAUACUUUAGCAGCUUUCUAAAAUAUGCUAGUUAUUUGGUCGAGUCUUUGGAUGAGAUUUUAUUAGUAGUGCGGAUUGUGGUGAUACAUGGUCUCUAUAAAACCCAUAGCUUCAGGGUAUUCAAGGUGAACGUGAAGAACUCGCAAUUGGAGAAGGUGGAAUGUUUGCAUGAUCGGGUUUUAUUUUUGGGCGGAAAUCAAUCACUGUCAUUAUCCACUCGGGAUUUUCCGGCACUUCAAGAUAGUUCUGUUUACUUCACGGAUGAUCGCUGGUCUAUGAUGAAUUUUAAUUACUACUAUCUUGGUGAGGGUGAGAAGGAUUCUCAUAAUAAUUAUGGUGGCCAUGAUGUUGGAGUAUACAGUUUAGAAGAUGGAGUUGUGAAGCUAUUUGAUCAAAUUGAUAAUCGGCAGAUCAUUUAUCCUCCACCCUUUUGGAUUCUUCCUUGA